AUGGUUAGCCCACAACCCAAGCGUGAUCAAACCGAUCACUCGAUGGAAGUAACGAAUACUGAGAACGUUACCGGGACUACUGUGGCUGACACACAAUUCGAGGACGAUGAACCAGUGACGGAAAAAUCCAAUGUGGACAUCAGUGCGAUCUUAGGCAUCCUAGCAAACCUGACGUACGACUAUGAGUGGAACCUCACCGAGGAGUUCAACAGGACGCUGAUAGAGUCAGGCGUGCCCAAGUGUCCGACGCCCACCGAGCCGACCACCACGAGCACAACACCUCUACCCUACGAUUUUGCCAACACCUCCGUCAUCAGCAAGUGCUUUGUCUGCGGGUUGAAGACCACCGACAUCCCGCGCACCGCGCACUGUGCUGACGCAUUCAGCGGGGACUUCUUGCCUCUGGCGCCUGUCGACGCACGCGCCAAAGGUCACAUCGCCUCCUUCAGAAAGUACUGCCGUCAUCUGGAUGUACACAACUUUGUGGAGAACCCGUUGGAGCCACAUUCCAUCUACGGCCGUUUUACGGGCGGCUGUGCAGUCCGAUGGGCGGACCUCUCGGGCGUGUACACGCAGCGUACCUGCCGCGCCAAGCACCGGCCACUGCUGGGCAAGCACUUCGGCAGCAAGCGGCUGGCCAAGCUGGAGCUGGCUCUCAUUGUGGGUACCGAGCAGGGCGCUUGA